AUGUGCAUCGAUGACAAGGAGAGCAUCGUCAAGAAGGGCACCGUCGAGGAUGCAUAUAUCUGGAUGGGCGAGAAGCUGGAGAUUAUUGAUGAUGUUCCGUGUGGAAACAUUGUGGCCUUGGCUGGGCUUCGGCGUGGCAACACCGGUGCUACUGUCACUAGUUGUGAGGAAGUCGAUGCUCAUGUUAUCCGGGGCAUGAACUUUACCGUUACCCCUAUUUUGCGCAUUGACAUCAAGUGCACGCAAAUUAAUGUCAAAAAUUGUCUGGUGCGGCGUAUAGAGCGUCUGCAGCUCCUGGACCCUAUGGUCAUCUCCAGUCUUGACGAUGACGUUACCGGGCUUUUCAUUGGUGGGGUAGGUGAACUUCACCUCCAGAUUUGCAGAAAGGACUUGCAGGAUAAUGUGGCGAGUCUGGGACAGAUGACAAGCUCCUCACCGGUCGUGUCCUUCCGUGAGUCGGUCCAUUUGUGGUCUGCCCGUACCGCCUCCGUAAGGUCUCUUAGCAUCCAACUCUGCAUGAAGGCCCGGCCCAUGAAGGCCGGCCUUGCCAAGGCCAUCGAUGACGGGCGGAUUGGCCCUCAUGACGACCCCGAGGCCCGCUCUAAAAUCCUAGAGGAGGAGUUUGGCUGGGACAAGGAGCUCGCCAAGCAGAUCUGGUGCUUCGGACCCUACAACACUGGCCCGAAUAUUUUGGUCAACAUGUGCAAGGAAGUCAAGCACCUUGACAAAAUCAAGGACUUGGUCGUGAGCGGUUUCCAGCAAGCCUCGAAGCAGGGCCCGCUUUUCGGAGAGAAAAUGUGGGGAAUCUGCUUUGAGCUGCGUGACGCCGUGAUCGACCACAAGAUAGACCCCAAAAACUUCGUAUACAAGAGAGAGAUCGUGUCUAAUACUAAGAAGGUCAUGUACGCCGCCUAUCUCUUGGCCAAUCCUAUUCUCUUGGAGCCCAUGUACUUGGUUGGGAUUCGGGCCCCUGAGUGCCACCUCGAAAUAAUAUACCAAGCUAUAUACGAGAAGAUGGGACACGUGCUCGAAGAGGCAAAGAUGCCGUGCACACCAUUCUACAAUGUCAAGGCCUACCUGCCGGUAAGGAAGUCUCUUGGGUUCUUCACCAACCUUCGGGCGAGGACUUCCGACCAGAUUUUUCAUCAACAGGUGUUUGACCAUUGGCGCGUAUUAUAUUCCGACCCACUGGACCCCGAGACUGAGGCGGGUAAGCUGGUGGUUGAGACUCGGAUGAAGAAGGGGAUGGGGAAGAUGGAAAAGGUGUCCGAUUAUGAGAAAUAA